AUGUCGUCGUUCAAGAACAUCUUUCGCAACUCGAAUAAGGAUCAUUCGACAAGCGACCACAAGCGCGCCAAAUCCUCGUCGGCCAACACCUCGUCGUCCAACUCGCAAUACUUGGCUAGCGGCGAUAACUCUUUCGACGUCGGCGGCGGCGCUUUCCCAAGCAAGAACGGCUCGGUGCCCGUCUCACCCUUUUCUGCUCCCGUGAGCUUGCCAGCGAUCGACGUCACCGACGUCUCCAGCCUCGACCAGGACGACCAUCGCAGCCCUGCCGAAUCCAACGUAUCGACUCUCACGCCCGCCAAGACCUUCCCGCAAUCCAACUCGGUCGGCCGGGAUUCAAAGUCGAAGGCCAUGGCUCGACCUUCCUCCACCAAUCAUUCUCAGUGGCGCAGCGAGUCCGUUGGCGCCCAUUCCAAUGCAGGCGGCAAGAGCUCCCGUCGCGGAUCCAAGGUGGAGAAGAGCGACGACGGUCAUGGCAGGGGGGAGCCUCUCAACCGUCAUGAGCUCAUGAGGCGUGCAAUGGCCACCGCUCAAGAGUAUGGCGAGCAGGAUGGCGAGGACAGCGGCAGCGUAUUCGAAGACGACCAGUUCUCCAACUCACAUCAAUCGCACAACGCCCAUCCCGGUCAACAGUCUCACCCAGCCAACUCUACGCCCGUCACACACAGGCAGGCGCAGCGUCUCAGCGGUGCCUCCGACCGUCCCGGGGAUGGCAGUCUGUCCAUCGACGCUUUUGGCGGUGGCCACCCUCAGACUGUUAGUGCAGGCCGCUCGCCGUCUAUCAGCAGUCCCAAUAAGCCGAAUCACGGGCCGAGUCCAGCCUCGCAAACAUUGACUGCAUCGUCUACCAUGCCCACGCUUGUCACGCCAGCGCCCAUUCGAGCAGAGAUACCGCGAUCGGACUCGCUCGAAGAGAUCAUCAACCAGGGCAACGUCUACGGCCACAUGCAGGGAGUUGACCCCCACCAUGCCGACGCAUUCAGAGGCCCUCCCAACCGCGCGAGCACCAUGAUGAUGGAGCGUCAAAAUUCGCCCACUCGUGUUCAAGGAAUGGGCAAGAGCGCCUCGAGUAGCGCACUGCUGAAGCCAACAGACGUCCCCUCCGUUGCCGAUGGCAGUCCUCGUCGACCGUCGGAUACAGGUUCCAUCAACGGUGCCUUUUCGCGUUUGCGCAAAAACAGCAACAGCAGCACCGUCAGCACAGCGAGCAAGUCCAAGAAGACGGGCCCUUCGGGCGGCAUCGCUGGCGCACUCGCCGCGAGCGGUAUGGCUGGCCUGGGCGUCGGUCAUGCCGGCGUGCUGCAGCAAGGUCAGGCUUCCCUGGCUGACGCGAAUUCGGCGUCCGCGAAGAAGAGGAAAGAGCCGAUCAACUCGACGAGCCACGACUCAGCCCCCGGUGGUGCCAUCGACAGGGAUCAAGAGGGGCAGCAAUUGCACUCGCAUCGACCCCAACGAGACCGCAGCGCGAGCAGCUUCAUCUCCCACGACAGCUCCGUGGUUAGCGAUCAGUCCUCCGUCAGUGGCCUGGGUGCCGCGGCUGGCUUUGGUGCCGCCUCGGCUGCUCUUCUCUCCUCGAUCGGUGGUAUGUCGGGCAUGCCCGUCAUCUCGCCUCUUCCUACCGGCAACGGCGCGCAUCCCAUGGGUGCCGGAGGUCUCGUUCCUCCAGAAGCAGGUGGAGGCGGCGGAGGCGGCGAUCACAUCGACGGCGAGACAGCGUGGCCGGAGGACAUGGGACCACAGAUCACUGGCUUUGCGGUCGCCAGCUCCAAGCGAAACAACGAAUUCCACCAGCUCUUCCCACAAGUGCCCGAGGACGACUACCUCAUCGAGGACUACGGAUGCGCUUUGGUGCGCGAGAUCCUCAUCCAAGGACGAAUCUACAUCUCGGAGAAUCAUCUCUGCUUCAAGGCCAACAUCUUUGGUUGGGUCACCAACGUUGUUCUUCCUUUCUCGGAGAUCAUCUCGAUCGAGAAGCGCAUGACCGCCUUUGUCAUCCCGAACGCCAUCCAGAUCGCUACGCUCCAGUCCAAACACAACUUUACCUCUUUCCUCUCGCGAGACGCUACAUACGAUCUGGUGGUCAACAUCUGGAAGCUGUCGCAUCCAGGUGUGCCUAUUGCAGCGGCUGACCAGGCCGAUCUAUCAGACGAAUACUCCGAGAUCGAAGAGGAGGGCGAUGAUUCGGCUGCGACCGGUGCGACGGGCGCCGACGGCAAGGGAGGCGACAACGACCAGGGCCGAAGCGGGGGCGACUCCAAGCCUUCCAAGCGGGCACGCUUGAAGCGAAAGCUCAAGGGCACCAAGACAGGCGUGCGGGAUGAGAACCUCGCCGCUGUCGCCGCCGCAGCUGCCAGAUCUGGCACACCGCUCAUCCCUCAAAGUCGCUCGCCGGCCCCCGGCAACAAGCGCACAGCCCACCGCAAAACCACAUGUCCAUGCGAGGACAAGAAGGAGCACUUCUCCUCGGUCGCGCUCGACACCACCUACCCCGCCGUACCCGAAAAGAUCUACAACCUGCUGUUCACCUCGACCUUCAUGAAGGAAUUCUGGACGGACAACCAGAAGCUCAUGGACCUGCAGAUCUCGGAAUGGAGUCCUAGCUCGGACAACCGCAACCUGCUUUCGCGCAAUGUGUCGUACAUCAAGCCUCUCGCGGGCGGCUUCGGGCCCAAGCAGACGAAGUGCAACAUCACGGACGAGAACCUGCACGUUGACUUUGACAAUUACGUGGUGACGCUCACCACGACGCGCACGCCGGACGUGCCCAGCGGCGGGAGCUUCAGCGUCAAGACCAAGACGUGCAUCACGUGGGCUGGGACAGGCAACGUUUCGCAUGUGUAUGUGACGUUCCAGGUCGAGUGGUCGGGAAGGAGCAUGCUGAGGAGUAUCAUCGACAAGGCUUCGGCCGACGGACAGAAGCAGUACUACAAGGAGCUCGAUGAGGCGGUGCGCAAGUAUCUGACCGACCACACGUCGGAGUUCAAGGAGGAGGGAGACGAUGCAGCUGCGGUGGAGGAGAUCGCACGGGCUGCUACGCCGGGCCCGAACAGUAUGAAGGGCGGUGCGGCGGGCGAUGCGAGUGGUGCGAAGAAGGAGGAGUCGAGCCCGAGUGGUGCUGGCAACAGUGCAGCUUCAGGUGGGCAGAGCGGAGGGAUGCUCGACCAGAUCACCGCUCCCAUCAUGGACGGUCUGGGCAUGGUCAGUGACCUGCUCGGCGGCGCGCUCGAAAUGGUCGGCAUCGAAGGCGGUGUCAGCCCAAAGAGUCUCGUUUUUUGCUUCAUCAUCUUCGUCCUCUUCGUCAUGAACCUCUGGACGUGGCGGCGGUCGUCCCCGGCCGCCUCUUCGCGCCACCUGCAGAACCUGGAUCGCAUGCAAGCAGGCGGUGUCAAUCGAGGCUACUUCACCGAGCAAGGCUACUACGGCCCUGUCUCCCCGCGUCACAACAGAGGCGAAGGCGGAUACGACCGGAUCUUCGCCCCCAACGUCUACAUCACCCCACCCGGCGGACAGGACGCUACACCGGAUGCGAUCGCCAAAACUGUCACCGAGGUGCUGGAGCGGCUGUACCAGCAGAAUAUGGAUCGUUUCAUGCCAAAGGGCAGCGCCGAGACGGACGGCGACGAUCCGGAGUCGGUCAAGCGACUGAUGGCCGAGGCCGAAGCGGUAUUCAAGAGGCUCGAGACGCGAUUGAAGGCGGUGACCUCGAAGGAGGGGCAGUCAGAUGGGAAGAAGAAGAGGGGGAAAGCGGAGCUUUGA